AUGAAGACAAUGAAGAAGUUCUGCCGCAGUCUCAAAUGUUGGGGGCGCCGCUGCCACUGCAGCGAUGAUGAGGAUUCCGACCAAGGAAUCCCCCUAUCCGAAAUGGCACCUAUGGUGGCAGCCAAAGUCCCAGGUCAAGCAGCAAAGCCAGUUCAAGCCCCGAAGCCAGGUCGAGUCUCGAAGUCAGGUCGAGUCAUGAAACCAGGCCAAGCCGCAAAGCCAGGUCAAGCCACAAAGCCAGCUAAACCCCAGAAGCCAGCUAAGCCUCAGAAGCCAGUUAAACCUCAGAAGGAGGCCGCCAGCCCCAGUGAAGGUAACAGCAGCGGUGAAUACCCCCCUCUCCCGCCAUCAAGGGACGGUUCUCACACUGGCAUCACACCUGAAAUGAGUGAUGUCGAUAUUAACGAUGCUAGUGAAAUACGCGACAACCCCUCUCCCCCCAGAUCUGACAGUGAUACUGACAUGCCAGAUGCCGGGCUCGUUGACAUGCCAGCAGCCACGCCCGGCGAUGAAUUAAUGUCCUACCCUCUAGCCCAGGAAAAUGAAAGUGAGUCUUCAUCUGAUGAUUACUUGUAUUUCGGUUCUGCGCAACCUGCGCGACGUCCGCGACGCCUGCGGCCCACUCCUGCCGCGGUCCAGUCUGAGGAGCAAGGCGAACAACAAUGGCACCAGCAGUCCUCUAGCUCCUCUGGCAGCAAGCGUGCGCACGUCGAGUACGUUGGGGAAUGGAGCCCAGCUGGCGAAUCUCAGGUUAGUCCCGCUGCUAAGCGUCCGCGUACCACGAGUGUGCAGAGUGGGCAGGAUGUAGCAGCACAAGUACCUGCCGGACCACCCCUAUCUCCUCCAAGACUAUUCAAUUCUCCAAAGAUUACCAGUUCCAGUGAUUCCCCCUUCAACACCGACGAUGAGUUGCAUGACAGGCCUUCGACAGAGACAGUCGAGGGAUACCGACUAAUAGGAGCUCAACUACAAGCUUGGCUAGAAAACCCAAACGAACCAAACUGCUAUAUUGCCCAGGCAACGGCAACUGUACACUCCUUAAUGAACGCCCCCAACCCAGCAGAUAGGUUCCAAUGCGGAGAAAGUUUCUUCAAAGAUCCGGGCGAUCUCAUGGAGGGAGGCGAUCCUGAAUCGACGGGGCUCCCUACCGAGGGCUACAGGUACCGCUAUACAACUUUUUCAAACGUGGUCACAAACCAAGAGACCCUAGCAAGAUAUGACCGUGAGCAUCUGACUAAUGGCUAUACACACCUCGUCGGACCAGGUCUGCUUGUUGGUCAUUCCAUUUUUAGGUACGAUAACGUUCAGUGGAAUGAAUUUGCGAGGGCUGUGUAUGUUUUUGACCAUGACAUAUCCACUUUGAGGUUUGUUAUGUUUACCCACGUCGUCAAUGAAGAAACUGCACCAUAUAUCAGGCGUAUACUCUACCCCAGACUUAAUCGCGAUUUCGAUGCUUCGCUACACGAGGAUUGCCUCAAAAUCGAACGUGGCACGCCUGAGUUUGAGGAGCUCCUCGGCACAAAGUUGGGGAAAGCAACUGCCAUCCUUCUUUUAUCUUCUCUUCCCAGAGGUACGAGACGGAUCACUCGAGCAGUCAUUUGGAAUGAGCUCUACAGACUUCAGGUAAGAUUUGAGAUUGAGCUUAUCACUGCUAACCCAGAUGAUCAAUCGCCAACUCCACAGCCAUCAACUACACAGCUAUCAACUGCACAGGGUUGA